AUGGAUAGAAUGAAUCACUCUGUGGUGUCAGAGUUUGUGUUUCUGGGACUCACCAACUCCUGGGAGAUCCAACUUCUCCUUUUUGUGUUCUCCUCCACGUUUUAUGUGGCAAGCAUGAUGGGAAACUCCCUCAUCAUGCUCACUGUGACUUGUGACCCUCACUUGCACUCCCCCAUGUACUUUCUGUUGGCCAACCUCUCCUUCAUUGACCUGGGAGUUUCUUCAGUCACUUCUCCCAAGAUGAUUUAUGAUCUUUUCAGAAAGCAUAAGGUCAUCUCCUUUGGUGGCUGCAUCGCUCAAAUCUUCUUUAUCCACGUCAUUGGUGGUGUGGAGAUGGUGCUGCUCAUUGCCAUGGCCUUUGACAGAUACGUUGCCAUAUGUAAGCCUCUCCACUAUCUGACCAUCAUGAGCCCAAGAAUGUGCAUCUUCUUUUUAGUGGCUGCCUGGAUGACUGGCCUCAUCCACUCUGUGAUGCAACUGGCUUUUGUGGUAAACUUGCCCUUCUGUGGUCCUAAUGUAUUGGACAGUUUUUAUUGUGACCUGCCUCGGUUCAUCAAACUUGCCUGCACAGACACCUACCAACUAGAGUUUAUGGUCACAGCCAAUAGUGGGUUCAUUUCUGUUGGCUCCUUCUUCAUACUGAUCAUUUCCUAUAUCAUCAUCAUUCUCACUGUUCAGAAACACUCUUCAGCUGGUUCAUCCAAGGCUCUGUCCACACUCUCAGCUCACAUCACUGUGGUAUUCUUGUUCUUUGGUCCUUUGAUUUUUUUUUAUACAUGGCCAACUCCCACCAUACACCUGGAUAAGUUUCUGGCCAUCUUUGAUGCUGUUCUCACUCCCUUCCUGAAUCCGGUCAUCUAUACAUUCAGGAAUCAAGAAAUGAAGGUGGCAAUGAGGAGAGUAUGCAGACAGCUAGUGAAUUACAGGAAGAUCUCUUAA